CAGACCUGGGAAAGGGCGAGCGGCGGGAGGGAGGCGGCUGCAGGCGGCCGGGGCUCGCAGCAGCCUGACCCUGGCGCGGGGCGGUGUCGCGCGCGGUUCCAGGUCCCCGCGCGGGGCCGCGGCUGGAGCGAGCUCCAGUUGGCCGAGAGGAAGGAGGGGAUCGGCUCGGCGUCCACCAGCCCCUGGAGCCCAGGAUGGAUGUGCCGGCCCGGGUGUCCCGACGCGCGGCGGCGGCGGCGGCCACUAUGCUUCUGCGGACGGCCCGCGUCCCUCGCGAGUGCUGGUUCCUGCCCACCGCGCUGCUCUGCGCCUAUGGCUUCUUCGCCAACCUUCGGCCGUCCGAGCCCUUCCUCACGCCCUACCUGCUGGGGCCGGACAAGAACCUGACCCAGAGAGAGGUCUUCAAUGAAAUUUACCCAGUCUGGACCUACUCUUACCUGGUGCUGCUAUUCCCUGUGUUCCUUGCCACAGACUACCUCCGUUACAAGCCUGUCAUCCUGCUUCAGGGACUCAGCCUUAUUGUUACAUGGUUCAUGCUGCUCUAUGCCCAAGGACUGCUGGCCAUUCAGUUCUUGGAAUUCUUCUAUGGCAUCGCCACAGCCACUGAAAUUGCCUAUUACUCCUACAUCUACAGUGUGGUCGACCUCGGCAUGUACCAGAAAGUCACAAGUUACUGUAGAAGUGCCACCUUGGUGGGCUUCACAGUGGGCUCGGUCCUGGGGCAAAUCCUCGUCUCAGUGGCAGGCUGGUCACUGUUCAGCCUGAACGUCAUCUCCCUCACCUGCGUUUCUGUUGCUUUCGCUGUGGCCUGGUUUCUGCCCAUGCCACAGAAGAGCCUCUUCUUUCACCACAUUCCUGCCUCCUGUCACGGAGUGAAUGGCAUCAAGGUACAGAAUGGUAGCAUCGUUACUGAUGCCCCAGCAUCUAACCACCUUCCCGGAUGGGAGGACAUUGAGUCAAAAAUCCCUCUAAAUUUAGAUGAACCUCCUGUGGAGGAAACGGAGCCCAAGGCAGACCGGCUGCGUGUGCUGAAGGUCCUGUGGAACGACUUCUUGAUCUGUUACUCUUCCCGCCCUCUGCUCUGCUGGUCCGUGUGGUGGGCCCUCUCCACCUGCGGCUAUUUUCAAGUGGUGAACUACACCCAGGGAUUGUGGGAGAAGGUGAUGCCAUCUCAGAGUGCUGUUAUCUACAAUGGCGGUGUGGAGGCUGUUUCAACCUUGCUGGGUGCUAGUGCUGUGUUUGCAGUUGGCUAUAUAAAAAUAUCUUGGUCAACUUGGGGAGAAAUGACGUUAUUCCUGUGUUCUCUCCUGAUCGCUGCCGCAGUGUAUAUCAUGGACACUGUGGGGAACAUCUGGGUGUGCUAUGCAUCCUAUGUUGUCUUCAGAAUCAUCUACAUGGUUCUCAUCACCAUAGCAACUUUUCAGAUUGCUGCAAACCUCAGCAUGGAGCGUUAUGCCCUCGUGUUUGGUGUGAACACCUUCAUUGCCCUGGUAUUGCAGACUCUGCUCACUCUAAUUGUGGUGGAUGCCAAGGGCCUUGGCUUAGAAAUUACCACACAGUUCCUGAUUUACGCCAGUUACUUUGCAGCCAUCUCCGUGGUUUUCCUGGCUAACGGUGCAUUUGGUGUUAUAAAGAAAUGCAGAAAGAAGGAAGAUCCCAACCCCAGCCCUCAAGCAACCACUUCCUAGCCUGCUGCUCAAGUGCUGCUGCUUCCACGCCAGGACUCUGCCCAGCAACUGCCUGGAUGGAUCAAAACUCUUUCUUUAUGGUUCAGAUAAAUAUUUAUGAAUGUGUAUUUCAUGGCUUCAAAGCAGCUACUCAAUUAAUACCUUGUAUUCCUGGAGUUAAUAUAAUACUGUUGAGAGAAGCCAAAACUGAAGCUUUUUUCAUGGAUUGUUUAUGAGCAUCAAUUUAAGAAUGACUUUUUCUAAUAGACAAGAAAAAAAAGAAGAAUUUGAUUUUGGAAACCAAGUAAUCAAGAGUGAUCAAGUGGGAUGUCUGCUGUUUCCUUGGUUAGCGUGUGAGUGUGAUAUUUGAGUCAUGUGGUGGGGUCGGGCCUUCAGAGACCACAGGAUGAUAUAAGUCAGAUGUGCAUUCCGCCAGCACUUGCCCCAUCCAACGUCAUUCUCCUUUCAGUGUUACUCGUGGGCGUGUGUUUCUGCAGAUGGAAUGGUUCCUCACUGGCAAUAUUUGCUCCGGACUAAUGUUCUGUCUUCUAAGGAGUGUCAUUUCUAAGUUUAUUUUUUAAAUUCAUUGUAUGAAUGUUCUUGGUUCCCAUUUUGACCAUUAUGUAUUUUUGGAAACUUUCUUUAGAAGUACAUUUCUGCAUUAUUCAUAUGCUUCCCAGAGAAGCUCAUUUCAUUAGAAAAGGCAAAUUUUAAAGCCUGCUGCUAAUCUAAAUGGGGAGAGCUAGCUAACCACAGAACUCAUGGUAGGUUUGCUUGUCUUUAAUACUUCAGUAUGAAGGACUCGUAAUUCCAAGUGAAAAAGUCAUUUACAGGGUAGAGAUACAGGCAGCCCAUUUUAUAUUUGCACACCCUUUUAUUUCCAAAAUAAAAGUAACUCUUUUCCUUUGAAACAACUUCAUUCCCCUAUGCCUUUCAUGUUAUCUUGGCUUUCGUAUCCAAGAUGAAAAUGUCAGUAAGAAUGGAAUUAUUCUAAGGCCUUUUUCAUUAACUGAGCCUCUUUUUAAUUAUUGUAUUGGAGCUGGAACUAGGGUAGACUUGAUCCCUGCAUUCUGGACCUUAAACCUGCCUUUAUUCCUAAGGUUAGAUCAUCUUGAGAGAUACUUAAAAUUUGUUCCGUUUCCUCGUUACUUGAAGAAUGAUGUUCUAUGUGCUAUUAUUUGUGAGACCUGAAGACUAUUUCAAAGCCAACUUUGUUGCCUUAUUGUGCAGAGACUCUAGGUAGGUGCUUUUAACUAGUGUUGACUUUUUAAGAACAGAAUAGCUAAACAGUGUUAUUAAUAUUAAGACUGCAACACCUGGGCCGGGAUAAUGUUCCAUAGUAGAGAGCUUGACCAGUGUUUGGAAGACCCUUGCUCAAGCACUAGCACUAAGAAGACAGUACCACAGAACUGACAUAGAAGAAAUAAAGGUAAUAAUAGGUCAUUCCGUGCACCUUCCUUUACAGCUGGGGAGAGGAAAAGAACACUAAGGAGGAGAGGGAGGACUAAGGACUCCAGUUUUACAUUUUGUUCACCCUCCGCACACCUUUCCUUUUAGCUCCAUAGGAAGUUGAUUGCCCAGAAACACAAAGUACUGUGUUUGAGAAAAUUUUAUUCUUUGUCUUUAAAUAUCAUGUAUUGUGGUACAAUCAAAUUGUUCACAUUACCAAAGCAACAUUUCCUUGGAAUUUAAUCUACAAUUUGUGGCACUCAAUCUGACCCUUCUUACCUGUCUAAAUCAAGAAUAUGUUCACAUCUUGCUAUGUGGCCAUAUUUGUAGAAUGCUGAACCCGAUGUGCUGGUUGUACUGUGCACUUUUAUGAAGAAGUGAAAAUAAUUUGUUGUACUUUUUAUUCAAUUCUGUAUAGAUUAUAAAACUAUUUUUAUUAAAUAAAUAUUUUACAGUA